CCAGAUAGGUGUACAAUAGCACCUGUGACAGCCCAAGUAGGUACCUAAGCUGGAGCGAAAGCGGUGUCACGUGCGACCACUAGGUAGGUAGCAGUACUGAGGUAGAGGCAGGCCACCAGCACCAGUGGAGGGCAUCUAUCUACUUAUACAUUCCCUGUUCCCAAAUCAGGGAUGUCGCCUGCUCUUCCUGCUUCACCAGAACCAGAAUAAAUCGCUCUUUCAUUCAGGACUCCUUGACCGACACCAUUCUUGGAUUCAUCUUCCUCUGAUUUCGAUUGCGAUUGCGAUUUCAAUGGACGCCCUUGCGAUGGAUAAAAAGGCCAAGCCUAAGCCCAAGGGCCAGGAAACGAUCACAGCGCAGGCGACGCCAAAGCUGCAGAUGGGUCCUCGCAUGCAGGUUAUUGUCUUGGUAGGUUUGUUUUUCUCACAUCGCUCAUCUUGCACAUUUUCCUUUGCUCCUUUGGAGGCAGACUCGCCUCUUGUUUAUGUUGCAGAGAGGCUGUGCUGUUCCUGCUUUGUAUUGAAGGUUCGGAUCGGAAUUAAGGUGGUUUGCAUUUGAUGCAACCAAGCGUGCAUACACUCCGCAUUUCCAGGUUCUAGUGCAAAAUUGAGUCACGUGUCGCUUUCAGGCUUCCAUUCCUUCAUUCCCCUCCCCACAGUUUUUUAUCGUUUGUUGUUCAUGGCUGAUGAUGAAUAGGGAGCUGGUGGAGGUCCCUUUGAGGAUGGUGCAACUAGUAUGCUAGUGCGUUCAACAUCAAAAGAUUGGACAAUAAAUUGUUUGCUAGCAGUCGACGCUGGGUGCCAUCUUGCUGCUAUGGCAAGAAUCAUAGAAGAGCACACUAAAAGCGACUCCAAAAGACCGAUUACUCUAAAAGCUGGUCCUUUCCAAGGACUCACUCUCCCACACAUCAACAAAAACGCCAAUGCGCUUCACAUCACCAAGGAACUGGUUCAAACCUUCGUGAUCACACAUCCGCAUCUUGACCAUACCUCAGGCUUUAUCUUUGCGACUGCAGGCAUGGAUUUUAAGCGGCAAAAGAAGCUCGCAGCUUUACCGAGCACCCUUCAAGCAUUCCGACAGUUUAUCUUCAACGGUAUCAUCUGGCCAAAUUUAUCGGACCAACAUGCUGGAGUCAAGUUAGUGAGCUAUUAUGAGUUGACUGAUGGAGGAGAGCCGACAAUCGAGGACGGUGGCUACGUGACGCUUGCAGAGGGUUUGGAUGUGAUGGCAAUGCGAAUCACCCACGGAAAUUGUAGACUCCAACAUUUCAGCCACACGAUGAAGGGAGAUGCUGAGAAAGGGUGGUCGUAUCCAAUAUCAACUACAAUUUCAACUACUGGUGCGCCAAGAGAUUCAAAGACACAAACACCCACCGCCAGCGGCUACAAACCCGAAUUUAAUACUUUCUCCACUCGAGAUGAUGAAUGUCCUGUUGACAGUACAGCGGUUUUCAUUCGUGACGUCGCUAGCAAACAGGAAAUUCUAAUUUUCGGAGACGUGGAACCUGAUACCAUUUCUAUACGACCACUCAACAAAUACGUAUGGGAAAAAGCGGCUCCGAAAAUCGUCGCGGGUCGACUAAAGGCCAUCUUCAUCGAGUCCUCGUUCACGGAUGCCAAGGAGGACGAUUAUCUCUUCGGUCACCUCACGCCCAAGUAUAUCUUCCAAGAGCUGAAGAGUCUGGCCGCUAUGGUUCAAGUACUCGGCGGUCCUCCAAAUAAUUCCAAGAAGCGGAAGCGUCUCGUCAGCGGUAAAACGACGAAUUCCGCGUACGAUGGCCCCUUGAGUGGGAUCAAGGUUAUCAUUAUACAUGUCAAGGAUCAGAUCUUCGAUGGGCCGGAUCCGAGGGUGACUAUUCUGGAGGAGUUGAAGGCGCAUGAGGAGCGAGAGAAAUUGGGGGCUCAGUUUUUUGUUUCGGAAUCGGGGGAUUCGUUUUAUAUUUGAGGAUUUUGUGAAAG